AUGGAUUCCCAGAAACACAUCAAGAUUCCCCUUCUGAUCGCCCUGUUCGUCAUUCUCGGCCCACACACAAAUCGCAUCAGCCUCGAGCAGGAACGGGUGACCAAAGAGAAACGAGACAAAGAACGACGCCAGAAUGUGUCAGUUAUCACCGCGGCGGUAUGCAGGAAUCUUGUUCACGCGUCGGUUCAGGAGGAGAAGCGACUGGACGAUAUUCGCCUCGCGGCACGAGAGAAGUGGAGUGGUGAUGUUUCCGCCAUCAUCACUCGUGUGGGGAGCGCUUUGGCCGAGUUGAAGGAGAAGGAGAUGGAAAAUGAGAGGAGAGAGGGGCGAGGAAGGGAGAUGGAAGAUACAAUGAAAAGAUUCUUCGAUUUUAUGCUCAAAGAAAGGGAAGACUUGACGGAAAAAUUGCUCGAAGUUAUUAUAAAGAUAACAGGCCAUAGUGAACAGGGAAAAGAGAAUGGUGAUAGAAAGGUAGAGCAUGACAAGGAGGAAGAAGAGUAUGAUGGAGAAGACAGUGAAGAAGAGGAAGAAGAAGGAGAAGAAGGAGAAGAAGGAGAAGAGGAGGAAGGAUAUGAUGAUGAAUAUAGCGGAGAGGAAGACGAAGAAUACAAAGACGAGGAGGAAGAGGAAGAGUGCGAGGAAGAGUACGAGGAAGAGGAGGAAGAAGAAGAAGGUCUCACAGGCCAGCCGCCAUUCCCUCUCUCCGAUUUUGAUCCCUUCGCACCAGAAUUCACCUGCAUUGGAAUCACCAAAAAAGGCAGACGAUGUCGUCAGGGAAUGCUACCACGUCACAAUGUGUCCUGCGCAGCCCGGCGUCUGCAGCAGUUGUGUCUGUUAUCGCCUUCCUCCGACUCCUUCGAGAAGAACCCCUUAUUCGCCCUCGCCGCACUCCGGGAGCUGGCUGACUGGAUGCUCUGUGGCUGGCACCGCGAGAAAUCUCCUCAGGGUGAUAGGAUUGCACGAGAAUGGUACGCGCUGCUCGUGCCUGCUCGGGAGAUGCCAAAGGACGAAGAAGAGCGAGGGAGGAAAGGGGCAGACAAGAGGUAUGAGACGGCCUCCGAUAGUGAAACCCCGUCGUCCGAAGGAAUCGAUGCUUCCGAUUAUGAUUCCUCGAGCUGCAGCCCGACCGUGUGCUCGUUCCCUUCUCCUGGCGUGGCCGAUUGUGCUCGUUCCCUACAGCAAGGCUGA